AUGUCUCUUCUAAAGAAGCUUAAUGUCCCUGAGGACUCGCCCUUCAGAAAUGCCGACCUCAUUCCUCUUUUAUUCCCUCCAGCCCCAACUUCAACUCUAGCUCAAUCUGACAGUGACUCUGAAUCUGAGGAGGAGAUUUUAGUGAGGAAGCCAAAAGAUGUUGCUGGGGUCAAGUCUGCCACUCAGAGCAGUGUGGCAUUGCAGCCAGCACCUAAUGUGAGUCCUUUUGGAGCUUUACCUGCAAUGCCUCCGCUGUCAAUUGGUCGCCCUGGAUCGAUACCCUCGAUACAGUAUGGAAUUUCUAGCAUACCUGUACGUCUUACACUUCUGAAUCUUUAUUACUGGAUUCAACAGAAUGCUUUUUGUGAGGAUGUGCUUGAUAAGCCAGCUGCUCCUGUCAGAAUGCCGUAUUUGCUGACAUCUCGGCACUUGUCUCAAAGUCGGGUUAGGUACCAUUUUUUCAGAAAUGACGAAGAAAUGACUACUACACCCAAGACAGAUGCUCUGUUUGUUUCGAGGGAGAAUCCAAGAGCUACAGCUACGUCGAACACAGAGAAAAGGUUUUCCCUGGUUUCUUCAUGUAAAAUCUCUGCAAAGGUGUUUGCACCUGCUUUGUUAAAUGGUUCCAUAUGUCAGGAUGAAGAUGAUCGUUUAGCUGAAAAUAGCUCUAACAAGGAGGGUUCUAGUUCUCUCAACUCCAAUUACAAGCCUAAUGGUGCACAUAAUUAUAAUGUCUCCCAUAAAGGAUCCUCCUUGCAUAUUAAAACCACAAGGUGCAAAGCUAGUGAGGCUACAAUCCUGAAAGAACAUGUGGCUAAUGUUGAACCAUUAAUGCCACAACUUGCAUGCUCUGAGUACCACACAAAACCUCAAAUUCUGGAGUUGGCAGUGAAGGGAAGGGCUGAGCCCGGAUUCUGCUCUCAUGUGAAGGAUUUCGUGGUUGGACGUCACGGCUAUGGCAACAUCAAGUUUUUGGGAGAGACAGAUGUUAGAAAGUUUGAUCUUGAUUCGCUUGUACAGUUUAAUACCUGUGAAGUGGUUAUCUAUAUGGAUGAGAAAAAGAAACCCCCGGUGGGGCAAGGUCUCAACAAGGCUGCAGAGGUCACCCUUUAUAAUGGCAAAUGUAUCGACAAGAAGACGGGGAAAGAGCACAUAAAUGGACCGAACGUUGAUAAGUACAGAGGGAUGCUAAUCAAGAAGGCAACAAAACAAGGUGCCGAGUUUGUGUCUUAUGACCCUGUAGAAGAGGAGUGGAAAUUCUGGGUCAAGCACUUCAGCCAAUACAAAUUUUGA